AUGGUCAGCAACGCCGAGUCGAGGGCGCAACCGCCCACGCCAGAUACUCCUCCACGACACGAGUACACCUCGUUCUCGUCCCUCCUCAAGAACUCGCCAAAGGGGCAGGGCGCCGGGACCGUGAAGAAGAAGGCUUCGAGAGAGGCCAACGAGCCCGGAGGCGGAGGCUGGCAUUUAUCUAGUGUGAGGGAAGAGCCGGCAUCGAUGGAUGCGGAGAGGAGCCGGUCGAGGGGUAGGGGUGGGAAUAGGGAUAGGACUGUCGCGCAGGGAGGCGGGAAGGAGAAGAAGGAAAAGGAUCAUAUGGGAUUAUGGAAGAUGAUGGCGUUGACGGUAUCGAUGGCGGGUAGUCAGAUAGCUUGGACAGUAGAACUAGGACUCGGAACGCCUUAUCUCCUCAACCUCGGUCUCUCCGAGCAGCUCACCUCCCUCGUUUGGCUCGCAGGUCCCAUCUCGGGACUGAUCGCCCAGCCACUCAUCGGUGCGAUCUCCGACUCGUCGACUUCAAAGUAUCGAAGACGGUACUGGAUCGUGGCUGCUACGAUUCUCCUCGUCUUUUCUGGUCUGGCUCUGGCUUUCACGGAGCCGAUCGCUGCUUUGAUUGUGGACCUCUUGGGUGGUGGGCAGGGCGAUUGGGACCCCAAGAGGCGGAGAUAUGUCCAGAACACUGCUAUCGGAAUCGCCGUCUUUGCGUUCUACUGCUUGGACUUUGCGCUUAACGGUCUGCAAUCGUCUCUCCGAAACCUGUUGAUGGACAUCACACCCGGAGAACAGCUCGCUACCGCUAACGCAUGGCACGGCCGGUUCGCACAUACCGGUAACAUCAUUGGAUUCGCUCUGGGGUUCUUGAAUCUCCAGAAUGUCCCGAUCAUAAGGCUCGUCGGCGGUGGGCAAUUCCGGAAGGUCUGCAUCCUCGCGCUGGUCAUCCUAGUAUCUACCGUCUGGUUGACAUGCUGGACCCAAGAGGAGGUGGAGAACAAGAGUAUCUUUGGCGAGCGGAAGUCGCGCUUCCGAGAUGUCAUCUCCACCAUAGUUGAGGCUGUGAAGCACCUGCCCAAGCCGGUCCGCCGAGUCUGCCUGGUCCAAGUCUUCGCAUUCAUGGGCUGGUUCCCGUACCUCUUCUACUCGACGACCUACGUCGCCGAAGUGAUGGCCCAAGAGCUCAACCACCAACCCGACGUCGACCGCGCCACCCGCGCCGGUUCGCUCGCGCUCCUCAUCUACUCCUUCGUCGCCAUCAUUGCGGGCACGCUCCUCCCCUACCUCGCGGCAAGGGACCGGCGGCUCCUCAAGCCUCCUACCGAAAAGUCGAGGCAUGGCGAUGAGGAGGAUGAUGAGGAUGACGAGCACGAUGCGGAGCUGGAGAGGGUGAGAGAGAUGGUCCGGGAGUGGAAGGCGGAGGCUGCGAGGGACGGGCGGCCGCUCAAGCUUCCCACCAUGCCGUUCAUGCUCAGGAACAUCUGGACGGCCGGAUUGGUUCUUUUCGGGAUGGUCAUGGCCUCUACUUUCUUCAUUACCAAGGUCUGGCAGGCCACGGUCGCUAUCGCCCUUGUCGGUAUCUGCUGGGCCAUCGCGUGCUGGGUACCCUUCGCAAUCAUAAUGGAGUUCCUCAAAGAGCUCGACGACAAGCGCAACAAGCCCGACACAUCCAAUCAAGGCAGGGACCAGCACAAUCGGAACCACGGCCCCAGCGCGGGCGGUGCGGCCGCUCGAGGCCGUUUCCCCGCGCACCUCUCGGCCGGCGGGAAUCGGCCCUUGCACGCUCGGGCCGCAUCCACCCCUGUGGCGGCGUGGCAGUCGAUGCCCAACUCGCCCAGAGUGCCGACGGAACGAUCUCCGCUCACCCGGAGUUACUCGACUGCGGAUAUCGAGGAGCUAGGGGAGGAUAUGGAGUAUACGGGUUCGGGACCUGUAGCGGGGGGUACGAUCAUGGGGAUUCAUAAUCUCGCCAUUGUGUUCCCGCAGUUUGUGGUCGCUUUGGUCGCUUCCCUCAUCUUCAAGCUUGCGGAUGGGGACGAUGCGGCGCCGAUCCCCGGUUUCGCAAGUGGCGGAGACGAGGAUAUCCGGGCCCCCAAAUCAGGUGUCGCCUGGGUACUUCGUUUCGGAGGCUUGAUGGCGCUCGUCGGAGCGCUCAUUUGUCGCAAAGUCCCACCGACCAAGACGGAGAAGGCUAUGCGACGUCGACUUGCCGAGAUGCGCGAGGAGAGCGAAGAGUAG